GCGACAUCAGCCCGCCGAGUGUCAAUUCGUGUUCGCAAAAUUGCAAACGCUCUCGACCCAAGCAACAUGCCGAAGCGAAAGAGCGAAAAUUCCAAUCCCCAGAGCAAUGGCCGCGGCCAAGACGAGUCGGAUGAUGAGUCGGACUUGGAGAUGCUCGAUGUAGACUUUGAAUGGUUUGAUCCUCAGCCGCAGUUUGACUUCCACGGAUUGAAGACGCUUUGCCGGCAAUUGUUCGAUAUUGACGCGCAAUUGUUUGACUUGUCCGCACUGGUGGAAUUGAUUCUUUCGCAGCCGUUGCUGGGGUCGACGGUCAAAGUGGAUGGCAACGAGACGGAUCCGUAUGCAUUCCUCACUGUGUUAAACCUGCAUGUGCAUCGAGAGCUCCCAGUCAUCAAGAACCUUACAAAUUAUCUUGCGAGGCAAGCUUCCGGCCAUCUCUCGAAGUUACCAGAUCUCUUGUCCGCCGGUUCCAACUCACAGGUUGGUCUCAUCCUCACCGAACGUCUACUGAACAUGCCUUCCGAGAUAUCGCCCCCUAUGUACACCAUGCUUCUAGAGGAAAUACAAUGGGCCUUGGAAGAGAAAGAACCAUACGAGUUCACACAUUAUCUUAUUUGGUCAAAAGUGUAUCAUGAAGUAGUUUCAACCUUAGACGCGGAAGAUGCUGAACGACCGAAGAAGAAGUCCAAAGCGAGCAAACAGGGCAUGAGUGAUGAAGUAUUCUACUUCCACCCCGAGGACGAGAUCCUACAUAAGUACUCACUUGCCUACGGUAACUUUGAGUACGAGAUUAAGCAAGAUGAUGGGGCGAGUGACGCCAGACGGGUGUUCAGCGAAGCUGGUAUCAAGCCCAUGGGUCACUUGAUACUUAUCGAGGCUUCAAGAUUUGCGGAUGCAGUUAAAGCAAUCGCCGACUAUCUGAAGCCGCCAUCGUAGCAAUUUGCACUCGUCACGGGAUUGCAAAUCGCCAAGGUCUGGCCAUGAAGAGAGAGAUGUGAGGCAUAUUUUUCAUGCUCCAUUUGCAUAUGAGCGCCAUAUCCAUCUAAUGAUGUUUGUACAAAUCUAUUCGGAAACACCAAAAACGUGAUGCCCACAGAAGAAAAUUUUACUUCUUACCCUUCCGCGCUAGCUCUGCCUCUUCCUCUUCCCUCAAUUCCUGGUCAAUCUUUGCUCCUUUACUGGGCUCGUUGCCGUGUGCUCUGGCUGGCAGAGUUGCAUCCUUGUCCAGUCGCUGCUUCUCUAGACUCUUUGGUUCGUCUUGAUCUUGGAACUU